CCGCGGUCCAAUGGUGCGAUUAGCAGCCCGUGCAGUGGAACAAAAUGCGCAAAACAUGGGUUAAACGCGAUAAUAUCUACUACAAGCCGUUCUAUAAGCAGAAGCUCAAGCUCACGCUGAUCGGCGUGAUCGCGAUGGGCAUCCUGUUUUUCGUGUACCAGCUGGUGUACAUCAGUCAGUUGCUACCGCUGGAAUCGGCCCCGGCGGGACCCAAAACUCGCCCGCUAAAAGCAAAUAGUAACGAUAAUCCUAUUGCUUCGCUAGAACCGGUGGGACCGGACGAUGCUGGUCGGCCUGAGCAGGACCAUCGGACGGCCGGGCAGGAGCAGCAGGCUGGCACCGCCACAAACGGGACGGACGGAAGCAAAGCAAACGUCUGGAGUGACACGCGGUUCGCGUACGUGGAGAAGAUAGGAAACUAUGAGCGGAAGAUUCUACGCGGCAUCCGACUGACUGACCUGGAUCACUACAGCGAGCGGCCGAAUGCGUUGAAGUUCCGGUGCUUGGGCUCGCGCAAGGAAAUCCCGUGGCACUGGGUGAACGAUGAUUACUGCGACUGUCCAGAGGACGGCAGUGAUGAGCCGAGCACGAAUGCGUGCGCUCAAGGACGGUUCUAUUGUCGCUUCCAGAAGCGCCAUAAUACGGGUCGCGGCAAGGAUCAGUCCGUGCCGAGCGGCUGGAUCAACGACGGCGUUUGCGAUUGCUGUGAUGGUUCCGACGAGUGGCUGACCAGAGCGGGAUCCAGCUCGGCCAGCCAUUGUCCGAACGUUUGUAAGACUAAAUACUUUUUGUAAGUUACUUCCCGUGCUCAAUACCUACACCCCGUACCAUGUAUCCACUUAAUCCGUUGGGGUUAUUUUUCUCCCCACCCUUGACGGAGCAAUCUUUGCUUGCGGUGGAUUCAGACAGUGUUCCUUUCGAGCAUCGUAAGCAUUUUACCUAGUAUUUUCUCAGUACAGGUCUCAAAUCAAAAAGUAUAUCAUAGAUGAAGGUAAUUAGUAUGAUGGCGAGCAUCGAAUGGCUCACAGGGAUAUCACUUAUUACGUUUCAAA